AGGUGACCAGAGGUGGGCGGAGGGCCUGGACACGGGUAUAAGCCCCGGGGGCCUUCCCAGAGCAGCCACAGAGAACCCAGAGAGAGAGAGAGGAGGAACCAGCCCAGCCUCGACUCCAGAGCCCCAGGGAGCAGGUCUUCUGGACCCCGGUCCCCUCGGCCUCCCCGGCCUCCCUGCCCUUCCCAGCCUCCCCGGCCUCCCCGGCCUCCCUCCGCUCAUCCUCUCCCCCAGGCCUUAGAGCACAAAGACCCCAGCAGGAGAGAGCCCAAGGUCUGGGGGCCGAGGCUGCCGGGCUCCUGAGUGUCUGGCCAGUGAGGUCCGGUCCCGUCUUUGAGGCGGAGACCCUCGGUCCUCCCUCCGCCGUGUCUGCCAUGGGCCCGAGGGAGCGAGCUCCCGGGUACCUGGCCCCGCUGCUGUCCCUGCUCCUGGCCUGCAGGGCCUCGGGCCACCCCCUCCCCGAUUCCAGCCCCAUGCUCCUGUUUGGGGGGCAGGUCCGCCUCCGGCACCUCUACAUGGACAUGGGCCAGGAGGCCGAGGCCCACGUGGAGCUGGGGCCCGACGGCGCGGUCCGGGCGGCGGCGCGCAGGAGUCCCAACAGUCUCCUGGAGCUGAAGGCCGUGAAGCCGGGCGUCGUCCGAAUCCUGGCCGUCCACAGCUCUCGGUUUCUGUGUAUGAGGCCCAACGGGGAGCUGUACGGAGCGAUACACUACGACCCUUCCGCCUGCAACUUUCGGGAGCGCCUGCUGGGGGACGGCUACAACGUGUACGAGUCCGAGGCUCACGGAAGGACCCUCCGCCUGCCCCCCAAGGCCGCCCCGGGACCCGCCGGACCUUCUCGCUUCCUGCCGCUCCCCGGCGACCGGCUGCCCGGCCCCGAGCCACCCUGGCCACAGGGUCCCGAGCCCCCGGACGUGGGCUCGGCGGACCCACUGAGCAUGGUGGGGGGCUCGCAGGGCCGGAGCCCCAGCUUCUCCUCCUGAGAGCGCCGGCCCCCCCAGCCCGGGCGGGCCCUGGCCACUAUUUAUUCCGAGGGCUGGGCACCUCAAGCCUUAUUUAUGUCCCUUUUCUAGUUUGUCUUCCGAGCAAUAAAGCGCAACUUCUCAGUA